AUAUUAUACCAUGUUGCUGGAGCGCCUUGCCUGCUGCACUGCGUUGUUUUUUUCGUUGUCACUACAAUGCACAAGCCGCGGCUGCACUGAGAAAUGACACUGAAAGCGUGGUGGGCGGCGCUUCGUUUGCGUUCUUCACCCAGACCCCUAGCCUUUUCCCGAGCAAAGCGUGCUUCAGUCCCGUCAACCACACAGUAUUAGCUGCGACCUCACGCAAAGGGAAGCCCGGGUCUGGGGAAGGCGAAGCGAGUAAGCGGUAGGCUAGCAUUGCAGCAGCCUCUUGUAAUAAUCACACAAGCGGCAUGGCGACUGACAGCUCCUGUGUCGUGCUCAGUGAUGAGGAGCAAGGCUAUGACCUGGAUCUGUUCUGUAUCCCUAAGCACUAUGCAGGCGACCUGGAGCGGGUCUUCAUCCCACACGGCCUCAUCAUGGACAGGACAGAGCGCCUGGCCCGUGACAUCAUGUGCGAUAUGGGCGGUCACCACAUCGUGGCGCUGUGCGUGCUGAAGGGUGGGUACAAGUUCUUCGCUGACCUGCUGGAUUACAUCAAGGCUCUGAACCGCAACAGCGACAAGUCCAUCCCCAUGACAGUGGACUUCAUCAGGCUCAAGAGCUACUGUAAUGAUCAGUCGACGGGUGAAAUCAAAGUGAUCGGUGGAGACGACCUUUCUACACUGACUGGGAAGAAUGUCCUGAUAGUUGAGGACAUUAUCGACACAGGCAAUACCAUGAAGACUUUACUGAAGUUGCUGAAACAGUUCAACCCCAAGAUGGUAAAGGUGGCGAGCUUGCUGGUGAAGAGGACGCCCAGGAGCGUCGGAUACAGACCAGACUUUGUAGGAUUUGAAGUUCCUGACAAGUAUCUAGUGGGAUACGCGCUAGACUAUAACGAGUACUUUAGAGAUCUCAAUCAUAUCUGUGUGAUCAGUGAACACGGCAAAGAGAAGUACAAAGAGUGAAGAGCCCAGACGAACACCUAGCUGGGAACGAUUAUAUUAUUAUGAAUUAUUAGACUGUUUUAUAUUUUAAAAGCAGUGGUUUAAGGAUCCAUUUUGUAUUUGCAGUUUCUUGGCACGGGACCCAGCCAUCGUCCCCCGACACACUCUACAGGCUGCUGUCACUCUUGAACCCACAGCCAGCCACUAGCUGUCCCAAACGUUUGUUAGAGACACGCGCGCUUCAUGCUUUGAUGCAAAUUUAAAAAAUCCUGCUCCCCUUUUUAAUUGCUUUUAGUAAAGCCAAAGUGAGCUCCUGAUAAUCUACUCGUCUAUGCAGACACUUCAAUAAAACGAACAACACUCACAACACGACAGUGCAAAGCACGCUGUACUGUGAAGAAACAGAGAGAAAUCUGGACGCAGGGUUAACUGCAGUAUAGCAAAAUGAAAAGGUUUUUUUGGAUAUGCACGAAAGGUUUAAACGAUUAAAAAAAAGAAAAAAAAUGUAUUGGUCAUUUAACCUUUUCAUGUAAAUCCCCCAAAAACCUUGUCGUUUUCAUUGUUUGUAUGCUGCUGAUAUACCUCCUUCCAAAAAAAUCUAUAAAUAAAUUCACUGCGUCAGCACUGUCCCCUUAAUCAAAUUGAUUUCAGUCACUUGUGUUUUUUUGGUUUGAUUUAUAUUAACAAUUCCAGGGUCCAAUCCAGCAUGAAACAUUUAUAAAGCAAGACAGGGCUUUUAAAAAGGAACUAGCAGAAAACAAAGACAUUUCAGCUGUAAAAAAAGAAAUAAAUAGAAAGCACGACUCCCAGUGAGCUCGAUGACGUGUGAAGGGUACAGCAGCCAUGUUCUGACCCUGAACUGAAGCAGAGGUAUGGAUGCUUCUCAUGAUUGCUGUAAUUUAUAUUGUUCAAUGUUAAUUGUCUGUUGGUCUACAUUAAACCAUCAUUGCAACA